UAACGUGACCACUUCAGCUGAUCGUCUUUAUCUUUCCACGUCGCCAUGGGCCUUCGAGGAUCUAAGCAACCUGAAGCCCAAGUUCUCCUCCUAGGCCUGGACAACGCUGGAAAAUCGACUCUUCUCUACAAACUGAAACACAACGCUUGCGUGAGCACCGUUCCUACCAUCGGCUUCAACGUGGAAAUGCUCGACGCGAGAAAGAACAGGAAGAACAUUGCCUUAACCGUGUGGGAUGUGGGUGGCCAGGGGAAGAUGCGGGAGCAUUGGAAGAGUUUCCACCAGGACGCAGCAGCCGUCGUGUUUGUGGUGGACAGCUCUGACAGAGAGCGUCUCGGGGAAGCGCGAAGGGAGCUGGAGAAGACGCUGAGGAGUGACCAGCUGCCGGGCCGUCCGCUUAUCAUUCUCGCCAACAAACAGGACGUGAACGGUGCUCUGACUGCCACGGAAAUCAAAGACAGGUUUCACCUGGGGAAGAUCUGCUCUGGUCGGGACUGGUUCGUUCAACCUUGUUCCGCAUCGACGGGAUUUGGAAUUGAAGAGGCCUUCAGACAAGUGGUCCAAAUGGUCAAACUCUCAUCACACACUGGGGCGAUGAAAGACAACAUCAAGGAAACAGUGCACUACCUAAAAGCGAGUAGUAGACAUUAAGUUUUAUUUAGAUGCAAUGUGUUAUUUCCAGACCAUUGACAUUGAAAUAAGUUGUUCUACAUCUUAACUCCCUUAACAACCAUACCAACAAUAAAUCAUAUUUAAAGAGACCCAGCCUUUUGGAUCAUUAUGCAGUGAUUCUUAUGCGCAUAGGCUACAGUCACUCAGUUAUGUGGGUAAUGCGUAAAAAUAUGAUCAUACUCUAAUGGGCACCACAGGAAACACAAGAUACCAUUAAGUGUAUUACGGUGCAUUAAAACCACUGCUGAGUACCCGACACACACAAUAAGUAACUGUAAAGAUGUUUUCAUUGGUGUAUGCAUAUCUUCUUUCAAUUAUUAAACAGAAUUCGAUUAUCUCA